AUGUUGGUCUUUCAGUUGUUGGCCUUCUUAGUUGCCUUCCUGGUCUCUGGAUCGGGGGCCGUCUCUAGCUUUAUCCCCGCUAGACCUCCCGCGAUCCCUCUCGCUGUCAAAUCCCCUUAUCUGAGUACCUGGUUGCGUGCUGGUAGCGAUGGCGGCAAUGGUGGUUAUCUCGCUGGUGAAUGGCCGACUUUCUGGGCUUCUCAGAUCACAGGCUGGGCCGGUAUGGUCCGUGUUGAUGGUAAUGUUUAUACCUGGAUGGGUAUCCCGGGUUCUGCGACUGUGAACCAGACUGCCUUUGAAUACACCUCUACCAAGAGCAUCUUCACCAUGGAGGUCAACAAUGCCAUCCAGAUGAAUGUGACAUUCCUCUCGCCUGUCACUCCGGACGACUUGCGCAGACAAUCCCUGGUGUUUUCCUACGUGCAUGUCGACGUCUCGUCUCUUGAUGGCAAACCUCAUGACGUUCAGAUCUACUCGGACAUUUCGGCUGAAUGGGCCUCUGGUAAUCGAAAUGCUAUUGCCCAAUGGGACUAUGGUGUCACCAAUGGCGGCGUGGCUUACCACAAAGUCUGGCGUCAGACUCCGCUGCUCUUUUCAGAAAAUUCCGAUCAGGCUGAAUGGGGUGAUUGGUACUGGGCUACGGAUAACCGCGAUGGACUCACUUUCCAGUCUGGUGCCGAUGUCGAUGUCCGCGGGGCGUUCGCCAAAACCGGGGCGCUUCCCAAUACCAAAGAUUUCAACUUCCGCGCUAUCCAGAACAACUGGCCGGUCUUUGGCUUUGCACAGAAUCUUGGCUCCGUGUCUGAGUCUGCUAGUACGCUUUUCACCAUUGGUCUGGCCCAGGAUCAGGCUGUCCAGUACAACGGCACUGCGAAUGGCUUAACCUCUAUGGCUCCUCUUUGGAAAGAUUUCUUCAGCACCGCUUUGGAUGCGCUCGACUUCUUCCACCAUGACUAUGAGGAAUCUGAGAGUAUCUGUACGGACCUCGACCAACGCAUCGCUACUGAUUCUUUGAAAGCCGCUGGCCAGAACUAUCUGACCAUUACGUCUCUCACCGUUCGCCAGGCGUUUGGCGCUGUUCAGCUGUGUGGUACUUCGGGGAAUGAGUACUUGUUCCUGAAGGAGAUCUCCUCCAAUGGCAACAUGAAUACUGUGGACGUGAUCUUCCCCGCGUACCCCAUCUUCCUGUACACCAACCCCCAGCUGUUGACGUUUCUCCUGAAGCCGCACUUUGAGAUUCAGGAGGGUGGACUGUAUCCCAACAAGUAUUCUAUGCACGAUAUUGGCAGCCACUUUCCCAAUGCUACCGGGCACGGGGAUGGCAAGGACGAGGAGAUGCCUUUGGAAGAGUGUGGAAACAUGAUCAUCAUGGCUCUCGCUUAUCACCACGUUGCAGAUGAUGCUGGUGCAUACAUCCAACAGCAUUACCAGAUCCUGAACCAGUGGGCCUCAUAUCUCAUUCAAUACGCCCUGUACCCUGCCGAGCAGUUGUCGACUGAUGACUUUGCUGGAAGGAUGACCAACCAAACCAACUUGGCCUUGAAAGGGAUCAUCGGCAUUGAAGCGAUGUCUUCCAUCAGCUCCAUUGCUAAGCAAGACGUGGAUGCGCAGAACUACACUGCUGUCGCUCACAGCUACAUCGACCAAUGGCAGCAGCUGGCAAUCGACAAGACAGCCAAUCCACCGCAUAUGACUUUGAACUAUACAAGCUCGUCGACUUACAGCUUGUUGUACAAUCUCUAUGCUGACCGUCAGUUGGGUCUGGGGCUGGUUCCCCAGUCGGUGUACGACAUGCAGGACAAGUUCUAUCCCACCGUGAAGGAGAAAUAUGGCGUCCCACUCGACACUAGAGGCACCUACACCAAGGCCGAUUGGGAAUUGUUCGUCGCAGCGAUUUCGUCCCCCAGCACUCGCGACAUGUUCCUUGAACUCAUCGUCAAAUGGAUCAACGAGACCCCUACUAGCGGCGCGCUGACUGAUCUCUAUUCUACCACCAAUGGAGAUUACCCUGCAGGCAUAACUCAUUUCAUUGCCCGUCCGGUCAUGGGCGGUUCCUUUGCACAGUUGCUUCUGGAGGAGUAUUAG